GAGGAAAAGCUUUUUUGAAUUUGCGUCUGGAGGCUGAGGCUUUUCAGAGUCGCUGGUUCUCUUCUCGGUUAACCGUGAGUCUCUGGGUAAAAAGAAGGGCCUACCUCAGUUUUUCAGGCCUGGAAAGGUAAUCGACAGCGCGCAGCACUCCUUUGCCCGCGAGCCAGACGGCAUCUGCUGCGGCAUCCGAAGAGGAAGCCAAGCAUAGGGCUGUGUGACAGCGGCCGGCUCGCCAGGCCGGUAGGAACUGACCAUCCCAGCCCCGAAUCCCUAGGCCCAACGCUUUGACCCACCAGAACUUUGUAAAACCCAGAAAUGACUGCUGAUUCAGUACAACACAUUUUGAAGGCCGGACCUCAGAUAGUUACCUGCUCUACCAUGCUAUCUUGUGAUAUUUGUGGUGAAACAGUAACCUCAGAACCAGACAUGAAGGCUCACCUCCUAAUUGUUCACAUGGAAAAUGAAGUUAUAUGUCCAUUUUGCAAGUUGUCAGGUGUGAAUUAUGAUGAAAUGUGUUUUCAUAUUGAAACUGCUCAUUUUGAGCAAAAUGAACUAGAAAGAAACUUUGAGAGGAUCAAUACAGUACAGUAUGGAACUUCUGAUAACAGGAAGGACAGCAGCCUACAGUGUAGAGCAGACAUUAAUUCAGGUAUUCAUUCAGCUUGUGCAUCUAAUCAGCCGAAGACUUCAGCUCAAAGCCUGCCAAAGGAUGGUACUUUAAAACAUAAAGACUUUUAUUCGGAGAACUUAACUGAAUCUAGAAAAUUCCUGAAAAGUAUGGAAAAACAGCCUGACCGAACCGAACUUAAAGAAUCAAUUUAUGAAACAAUGUACAGUCCUCCUGAAUGUCCAUUCUGUGGAAAAAUAGAAGAUAAUAGUCAAGAUAUGGAAACUCAUGUGAAAACAAAGCAUGCUGAUCUUUUAGACACUCCAUUAGAAGACUGUAAUCAACUACUCUAUGACUGCCCUAUGUGUGGGCUUAUUUGUACAAACUACCAUAUUCUGCAGGAACACGUUGACUUGCAUUUGGAAGAAAGCAGCUUUGGACAAGGUGUGAAUAGAGUGCAGUGUUCUAGAGAUCUAGAGUUGGCUCAACAGCUUCAACAAGAAGAAGACCGAAAGAGGAGAUCUGAAGAAUCAAGACAAGAAAUGGAAGAAUUUCAGAAGCUGCAGAGACAAUAUGGUUUAGAUAAUUCUGGAGGGUACAAACAACAGCAGCUACGAAAUAUGGAGAUAGAAGUAAAUAGGGGAAGAAUGCAUCCAUCUGAAUUUCAUAGAAGAAAAGCUGAUAUGAUGGAAUCACUAGCUAUUGGUGUUGAUGAUGGAAAAACAAAAACGUCUGGAGUUAUGGAAGCACUUUACAGGUAUUAUCAGAAUGCUGCCACAGAUGUGAGGCGUGUGUGGCUUUCUGCAGGAGUGGAUCACUUUCAUUCAUCUUUUGGUGAUAAAGGUUGGGGUUGUGGUUACAGAAAUUUCCAAAUGCUGCUUUCAUCAUUAUUGCAAAAUGAUGCUUAUGGUGAUAGCUUGAAAGAUAUGUCAGUUCCUUGCAUUCCAAAAAUUCAGUCUAUGAUUGAAGAUGCUUGGAAGGAAGGUUUUGAUCCCCAGGGUGCCUCUCAGCUUAAUAACAGGUUACAGGGAACAAAGGCCUGGAUUGGAGCAUGUGAAAUAUAUACCCUUCUCACCUCCCUGAGGAUAAAAUGCCGUAUUGUUGACUUUCACAAGUCAACUGGUCCUUUGGGUACACACCCUCGCUUAUUUGAAUGGAUAUUGAGCUACUAUGCUUCAGAGAGAGAAGGAAGUCCAAAAGUAGUGUGUACAUCUAAACCUCCUAUCUAUCUUCAGCAUCAGGGUCAUAGUCGAACAAUUGUUGGAAUUGAAGAGAGAAAAAACCGAACAUUAUGUUUACUGGUAUUUGAUCCUGGAUGUCCUUCUCGAGAAAUGCAGAAACUCUUAAAGCAAGACAUGGAAGUUAGCACUCUCAAGCAACUACGGAAGUUUGUGGGGAAUUUAAAACAUAAACAAUACCAGAUAGUGGCAGUAGAAGGUGUGCUUUCUUCAGAGGAGAAAAUUGCUAGGAGACAAGCUUCUCAAGUCUUUACAGCUGAGAAGAUCCCUUGAAGAAGUCAGCAUUGCAGUGAUUGUGGAAUUUUACUUUGUUUUCCAAAUUCUGGUAUUAACCUUAAUGCAACAUAUGAAUCUGUGGAUUUUCUAAAUACUCCAUUUAUGUUUUAAUUUCUAAAAUGCCUAAAUUAUACCUUUAGUGCUUCAUUGUUUAGUAAUUAUUCCAAUAAAAUAUCUUGCUUGCAUUGUGA